GUGCGCGUUAAAAUGUUUUUCUCUACAUCGAGUGGUAAACCCAUGUGAAUGGUGGGGUGACAAUGCUGCAACUUGGGAAGACGAUCAGUAAUGUCUUCUGUUAAUAUACCGGGAUUGCUGCCUUGACCACGAUGGGAACCUAUGAACCUGUGCAGAACGCAAGCUGGAACUUCACUUCUGGUUACUCUACAGUAGACGGAAGCGAGAACACUACUGCGCUCUCUGGAUACAUUUUGGUGAUCCUGGCUAUUUUAAUGGUAACACUAAUCAUCGUAGUGGUGGGUGGCAAUGCGCUCGUCAUACUGGCUUUUAUCGUGGAUAAGAGUCUCAGAAAUCAAAGCAAUUACUUCUUUUUGAACCUGGCCAUCUCUGAUUUCCUUGUUGGGGUGUUUUGCAUUCCUAUCUACAUCCCGUAUAUCCUCACUGGACACUGGAUGCUGGGCCGUGGCCUGUGCAAGCUGUGGCUGGUGAUAGACUAUCUGCUCUGCACGGCCUCCGUCUUCAACAUCGUCCUCAUCAGCUAUGACCGCUUCCUGUCUGUGACCCGCGCGGUACGCUAUAGAGCCCAGCAGGGCAUGACCAAUCAGGCGGUGGGGAAGAUGCUGAUGGUUUGGGUGCUGGCCUUCCUCCUCUACGGCCCUGCCAUCAUAUUCUGGGAGGAGGUGGUAGGCAAGAGUAUCGUUCCGGAGGACCAGUGCUUCGCCGAGUUCUACUGCACCUGGUACUUCCUGCUCAGUGCGUCCACCUUCGAGUUCUUCUCGCCCCUGGUGUCAGUGGCCUUCUUCAACUUCAGCAUCUACCUGAACAUCCACCGCAGGGAGAAGACCAGGGGCAGGGCGGGGCACAAGGGGAGGGGGGAGCUGGCCGAGGAGCGCAGGUGGAGGGACUCCAGCGGAGGGGCGUCGGCUGUGUUCUUCAUCAAAACGCGCAAAGUGUCGUCCAGCGAGCCGGCGGCCGUGUCGGCGGUGAUCGAGGAGGACGAGGAGUUGUCGCCGUCGUCCAGCGGUGAACCCAGCAGCAACCAGUCGGUGAGCUUCUCCAUGAGGAAGACGAAAGGCAGGAGGAAGAUCACCGGAGGCUGGACUCUGUCCUUCUCUGGCGCCGGGCCGAGCCACCCGACCUCCUCCAGCGCCCCCUGCAGGGGCGGAGGACAUUCCAGGCUGUCGCGCGACAAAAAGAUUGCCAAGUCGCUGGCGGUGAUCGUGUGUGUGUUCGCCGUGUGCUGGGCGCCCUACACACUGCUCAUGAUCAUCCGCGCGGCCUGCAGCGGGACGUGCGUGGAGCACCACUGGUACGAGGUCACCUUCUGGCUCCUGUGGCUCAACUCCGCCAUCAACCCCUUCCUGUACCCUCUGUGCCACAGCAGCUUUCGCAGGGCCUUCGCCAAGAUACUCUGCCCCAAGCGCCAAUCCGUUCAGCCACACGCGGUUAUCCAUUCCAGUCAGUGACAAACACAAUUUCACCUGUAAUAUUUUCAAGAUGUUAUUGAAAAUCCUUUUCGAUUUUCCCUAGAAGGAAGAGCUUUGUUUUGUCAUGGCGUGAAAUAAUUGUCAUGCUGUAGUUAAAGCAGAUUUCUCACUGGGAGCCCUUUCAUAAAAGUUUGACUUGAACACUACAGAAAACAACAACAAAAUGCAACAAAGAAACAUGUGUACAUGAUAUUAAGGAGGAAUGAAUGAUAAUCAAGCAACCCAGCAAUUUAUGUCUGAAUACAAGCUGAAUACACAUUUUUUUAGCCACAACUGAGUGGGGAGGGACCCCAGGAAUACAGUGGCUAUAAUUACGUUUCAAUGUAUGAUCAGUGUCUAUGAGGUAUCAUCUUGGAUACUGGUAAUGUAAGUGGACAUCAGUGAUCAUCAGCGUGAUUGUUACCGUAAUAAUGACAUUAUUGCUGGACGGUUAGAGAGCAGUAUUUUCCUUCCAGUUGUCACCAUCACAUACUGUGUAAAUGACCAUGAAUCAAAGCUCUUUCAACAUGGACUCGCUGUUUGGUGAGAAAGACAAAGGUAGGUUAAGUUAUCACGUGCAUGAAGAUCAUGGGCAGUUUUCAUAUAGUAAGUACAUAAUUAUUACAAAAAAACAUUGACAACAACUAGUGCAGUCUCAAAAAGACAUUGCUUUACAGUCGAAUGUUAUACCGUAUAUACAGUUUAUGUUUGUGAAAUAA